GGCUUCCGGUCUUGGGCUCUACCUUACUUCCUACUCUGGGCUCUAGGGAAUGAGAUCCUUGAUCUCCGGUUGAAUGAUUUACCUCAACAGACAGAAGUCCAAGCGUCCACGAAGAGCCCCUGAAAAAACUUUAUGUGAGUUCUGUGGAAUCUGCUGUGCCCACACAACACCGGGGAGAAUGACAGAGCCCCGCCCCUGCUGUUAUGCUGGGAAUGCCAGGUGGGGGUGACCGGAAAUAGUUCCCCCUUACUUCUGACUAGAAAGGGGACUGGGCCCGAAGCCUUCAUCCUUAAAGUGCUGUGUCACCUCAGCUGUGUUCCAGAUCUUCUCAGCUGUUUUGGUGCCAACCUUUUCAGCCUUCUCACCCACACUCCUACCUGCUGUCACCAGCCAUAGUCAUCAUGCCUCGGGGUCAGAAGAGUAAGCACCGUGCCCGUGAGAAACGCCGAGAGACCCAUGGUCAGCGGCAGAGUCUCCCGGGUCCUCAGUCCACUGUAGAGAAGCAAAAAGAGCCCCGCUCUUCCACUAUCUCUUCUCCUGAUUAUCGGGGUGCUCAUCCUAAGUCUUCUGAUGCCUCUGUUCCUCAGGCGUCUCAGGGAACUUCACCUGCUGCCUCUCUUGAUGCAGGUGUUUCAUGCUCAAAAUCUGAUGUGGCUGCCAAGGGUGGAGAUGAGGAGAGUGCACAUGCCUCCCAGAGAGCCAUGUACUUCAAGAGCUUAGGCCAAGAUCCUAUAGACAAGAAGUCUUGGGAGUUGGUGCAAUUCCUGCAGGAGAAGUUUGAGAAGAAGGAGUCCAUUUUGAAGGCAGACAUGCUGAAGCUUGUCAGCAGAAGGUACAAGGAGCACUUCCCUGAGAUCCUCAAGGAAACCUCCGAACAUUUGGUGGUGGCCUUUGGCGUUGAAUUGAAAGAAAUAGAUUCUAGUGGUGAAUCCUACACCCUUGUCAGCAAGCUGGGCCUGCCCAGUGAAGGAAUUCUGAGUGGUCAUAAUGGGCUGGCGAAGUCAGGUAUCCUGAUGUCGGCCCUGGGUUUGAUCUUCGUGAAAGGCAACCGUGCCACUGAAGAGGAGGUCUGGGACUUUCUGACCUUGCUGGGGAUCUCCUCUAGGAUGACACACCCACUCUAUGGGAAUCCUAAGAAGAUCCUUACUGAAGAUUUGGUGCAAGCAAAGUACCUGGAGUACCAGCAGGUGCGCAACAGUGAUCCUCCACGCUAUGAAUUCCUGUGGGGUCCACGAGCCCAUUUUGAAACCAGCAAGAUGAGAGCCCUGAAUGUUUUUGCCACGUUCAAUAACACCGUCCCUGGGUUCUACCCACAUCUAUAUGAAGAGGCUUUGAUAGAUGAGGUACAGAAAGCAUUGAGACUGAACUUUUAAGGCACAGCUGCCACUGUUUCCUUGGCCAGGGCACCUUACAGGGCCACAUCCUACAGAUCCUCCCAUUUCUAGGGAGGUCUGAAGUAGAAUUUUUGCUUGAUGUUAAAGGAGAGUAGUGAGCCUUCUAAGUAGCACAGUAUAGUAGAGGCUGGAGGGAACAGGACGUGUUUCUUUUGUCCUGUUACACAUGAGUAAUUUGUAGAUUUAUGUUUUGCUUUCUUCAUCAAUUUUCAAGAUUGUUCCUGUUAAGUGAAGGUUUAUAUUGCUUCAGAUUAUAAAUGUGUCAGUAACUUAGCUUUCACAUUCAUGGUUGUUUAACCAGUUUGAAAGUUAUGGUUGUGGUAUUAAUAAAACAAAUCUUACAGCAUUCAUAUUUUUGUUAUAAUUCGGAACUAGAUAAAAUGGCAAUAGAGAAGGGAUUUUCAUAUCAAUCUUAAUGAACUCCAUAGGAAAAUAGUUGACAUCCUAAUAUGAUUAGAAAGAAAAAAGGAAAUGUAAAUGUUCCUUAAUUCUUGGUUUGCCUUAUUUUUUUUCUAUUUAUUUUAGUUUAA